AAAAAAAAAAGGUAUCAACUGCGGCUUUCCGAUGCCAGAUUGAUGACGCAGUGUGCAAUAUUGUACAAAAUGUGACAACGGUGAGCAGUAAAAACCUGAGGCAUUGAAGGCUAGUGUGUUUAUUACGCCAUAUAAACACAGGUUAAAGAGCGGGCGUCGAAAUCAUCUCCAGGUUAUGGCAAACCUAAGAAUCAAUCAAUUUGUUGCGCAGCUCUGGUUGCCUCUUGGUACUUAUUUCACGCGUUACUAUGCCCAACGGCAAACCGCCUUAUUUAGCAAAUACCUACACCAGUGCAAUACGUGAAUCACUUGUACUUCCAGAAUUCUUCGAGUCGGAAGCGCCUUGCGAAUGGAACGCGAUUGCCUAUCUAACUCAAUUAGUGCAAAAAAACCCGACAAUUCCCAGUCGCAGCGGGAAUAAGGCGCUUUAUGAUGAUCUCGAAUUGAUUCGUAAUCAUGUUGUCCCGGGAACAGUUGCGGACUCGAUCUUGAGGCAAAUAGAGAUCUCCAUGAAGACAAAAAAAGCCAAGGACCUUAUUUCGGAUUUCUGGAAGUCGUCGCGUUUUAUCGCAUCCAGCACCGUUCAAUAUGCAGCGCAAAAGCAUCGGCUGCGAGGCCAUAUGGCAGAGGAAGUGGUUGAUGAAGUUGAAAGUAGGCGCUUGAAACGACAAUGUACGGGCGGCCCAUCAAGGGGGCAUCAUCUCGACGGUGACGAUGAGGGUGACGGGACGGAAAAAUCCAACUACGAGAGAAUGGACUUGAGCUACUGCUCGCGGAAGGUUCAUCGUCAUAUGGUAUAAAUGACAAAAGCAAAACCAGCUUCGAUCAUUACAAGGCCAUGUUUGGUUUAUUGGCGAUGCUUCGUACUAUUGCUGCUCAUCAUCAAUAUGCUGAAUUUGCGACGUUCAGCAGGUUCAAAGUACACUUCAUCCAUACACACAGUAAAUAAAAUUCAGAUUGCCCUCUUAUAUGUCUGGGUAACAUUUUAGCAACUUCGUAGAUCGUGCCAUCGGCCAUUGGACAAUACUCCUGCACCUGGCUUAUAUAUGAUGAACAAGGGACAAAAAGUCGAUAUUCUUGCAGCC